GCCGUGAGCGGGACUAUGAGAGAGCGCAGCCGCCAGACACUCAAACCGCGUGGCGCUCGGACCAAGCACCGUGCUGAAGACGCAAAGUUGCGCGUUUUUUCGUGGAUCCACAGAGGCACUGGGCUCGUUUUCAGCCGCACGGGCAGUUGAGCUGCGCUCUGCUGUGCUUUUCUUUUUUGUUUAUUUAUAUAUAUAUAUAUGCACCCCUUUGUAUCACUAUCAUUAAUAUCAGAACUGACUGCUUGGCGCUUGUUUUGGAAGAAACUUCCCCCACUGACAUCCACGCGGUGGAUAUGCGUGUUGGAGACGGUUCACUGGCAGGGAGAUAAGAAAAGCCAAGCGCACGCACUUUCAGACGUGCUGCAAGUAACUUUUCCACGCGCGUGGUGGUAGUGGCUCAGUGGGCAGACAGAUCUGCUGCCUCGUGCUGAAACUUUUACCUUCCCCACUGAACCCACAGACUUUGUUUGAGCACCAGCUGAAGCAGUUUUUGUAAGUGAGCAGUCAGUCAUGGUGGCUCAGUCGAUCACAGCGACCAGCGCGGACUUGCCGCUCAGCGACUCCAUAGACCCGGGUGAGAUGGAUCCAGACUCGGCCACGGCCGCCUCCUCCUCCGCCUCGCCGUCCCCGGGCUCUCCGACCCUGGCCGGGGACAAGCUGGACGUGGCGUGGUGCAAGACCCCCAGCGGCCACAUCAAGCGGCCCAUGAACGCGUUCAUGGUCUGGUCGCAGAUCGAGCGCAGGAAGAUCAUGGAGCAGUCCCCGGACAUGCACAACGCCGAGAUUUCCAAGCGCCUCGGCAAGCGCUGGAAGCUGCUGCGCGACUGCGACAAGAUCCCCUUCAUCAGAGAGGCCGAGAGGCUCCGGCUCAAGCACAUGGCCGACUACCCGGACUACAAGUACCGACCGAGGAAGAAAGUCAAGCCCUCCUCGUCUUCUUCCUCUUCCUCCUCCUCUUCCAGCAAGGCUGGCGACAAAGUGGGCGGCAACCCGGGCGGCAAGCCCUCCUCCAAGAAGAGCCACGGGGGCAAACCCCUCAAGACGCACAGGAAAUCCACCGCGCUGGAGCAGCCCGGCGUGGACCACCACUCGCUCUACAAGCCGCGGGCGGCGUCGUCAGCCAAGCCGGCCAAGCGCGCUUCCUCGGCGGGGGGCGCGUCCGAGAGCCAGCCGCUGUGCGUGACCGUGCCGUCCAGCCCGACUCUGAGCAGCUCCGCCGAAUCCUGCGACCCGCUGAGCCUGUACGAGGACGGCAAAGAGGAGGUGGAAACAUCUGGCGCAGCAGCCAUGCUGGCCCCACGCAACUUCAAGCACGCGCGCGCCUCUUCUCCGGCGCCUUCAGCCUCGCACUCGUCCUCCCAGUCCUCCUCCUCUUCCUCUUCCUCGGACGAAGAGUUCGAGGACGACCUCCUCGACCUCAACCCCAGUCCAGGGUUCGGCGGCCUGGGCGGAUUCGGCGCCGUGUCCCUGGACAGAGACUUGGAUUUGGGCUUGGAGUCCGGCUCCGGCUCGCACUUCGACUUUCCAGACUACUGCACGCCAGAGGUGAGUGAGAUGAUCUCUGGAGACUGGCUGGAGUCCACCAUAUCCAACCUGGUCUUCACAUACUGACUGUUCUGAGCCUUUAAGCAAGUCCAGCUGAAGUAGAUGACGUGAAGAUGGACCUAAACGUAGUCCACGCUGGGGGGGGCAAAGCCAUGAUAACCUAACAUGCUUUCUCCUGUUUCUCUCAUUGCUGUGGGGUCGUCUCCAACACGCCCACACCAGUUGAAAAUUCAAACGCUUAGCUUGCUCGAACACGAUGACUUAAGUGUUGAGGGAAAGCAUUGCACAGCGGCGAGGGGGAAGACGAGGCUGUCCGGCCGUCUCCGUUCAACUUAAACGGACACACGCUCGAGAACUUUGGCGCAAAGAUAAGGCGAGCGGUCUUUUUUUAGCGAGGAAAGCCAGAAUCCCUUUGGAUGGAGCGGUGUUUUAGCCAGGCGUAAAGAAAGAGACCGAAAAAGCAUGCUGGUUGAGUUUUAGUCUGAAAAUGAACUGUGUUGUUGUUUGUUGUUCAAAUGAGAACUGCAGCGCCAUGAAAGACUGAAAAGAGAAAGUAACAAUCACCAGCUUUUCCUGUCAGGAUUCAAAACACGCAACUCAGACGGUUCAACUUUCUACACUACAAAAGGAAAAAAAAAGAAAGAGAGAGAGAGAAAAAAAAAUCAGGACCAAACUUCUCUCCCUUUUUUUGCCUUUUCCCCUUUUUUCAUCCAGCUUUAUAACUUCUCUGUGCUCAGAAGAAAAACGGACACUUUUCUAUCGAUGUAUUUAUAACGGUUUGUACUUUUGGUUUUUCCUCUGUUUAAAGCUGUUCUCAUCUGUCUUCUUGUGCACACGUCCGUCUCUGUUUGCAGAAGGGCUAGAACUGCAUCGUGUUAUUUAACUCAUGACCUCUCACGCGGAGAAAGGAGAAUCGAAACGUUUCGUUUAUUUUCUACGUGUAUUUUUGUACAAAUUUAUCAAGAACAUCGCUGUUUUUUUUUGUUUUUUUGUUUUGUCCUGUUUUCUUUUCCUGGAGGCGGUUGACUCACAAUCUAUCCCCCUGGCCAUGUUUACAGUGUCAGUCCACAGGCAUCUUAAAGACACAGCGUCUCUUUUAUUUUCACCAGCCAGGCAUGACCUGACCUUACAUUGCAAAAGGAGCAUUGGACGAGGCUGUAUGUAGCAGUGACUUAUGGGUCCCUUUUGACUAUUUCCUUUGUGCUUUUUUAUAGUGAAAACGCUCGGUUUUAACCACUGGAUGGAAAUGAAAUACAUUCAAAAUGCCUAUACGAGUCCACGAACAAUGAAGUACUGCUUCACUCCUAAAUGUGCAAGCGUUAUUUAAUCUUUUCUACUUGUUGGCUAAAUGUAGCUGAUCGUUUUAGUAUGUUCCGGCAUGGCGAAUAGCAUUUUUUUUGUUUUUUGUUUUUGUUUUUUGUUUUUUUUUUUUUUUCUAUUUUCAAAUUCAGGUUUAUGUAGAGCUGUUGUGUUUUAAGGCGAAGAAGGAUCGACGUGAAGAUUUCCAUGUACAUUGAUUGUAUAAUAGGUAAAGACUGCGUGUUUGUCUGACUGAUUUAUUACGACGGGCACUUGAACAUAUAUAAAUGUGUGUAUAUAUAUAUAUAUAUAUGUGUAUAUAUAUAUAUAUAUAUAUAUAUAUAUACAUCCCUACGUUUAAGAUUGUUGUUCAUGAGUUUUCUGGGAUAAAUAUAUAUAUAUAUAAACUUUUUUUUUUUUUUUUACGUUUCAUUUGGUGCAAUAUGCUGUGUACAAUAUUGUUUUUGUCUUGCCAUACCAUAUCUCUUUUGAGUAGAGAAUUCAAAGCCAGCCAGUUGUGUCCAGUCACUGCCUGUCAGACCUCUGUACAAAAAACUUUGUCUUUUUUUCCAAAAGGAAAUAAAAUCAGCUGGAACUGA